UCAGGUUCUGCUUCCUGCAGAAUUUGGUGUUGCACCUACUCUAUUCCCACCACAAGAUGUCUUCAAUUCACCCCAACCAAUCAUGCAGUGCCAAAUCCUACGCGUGUUGAAGUAGUGUCUGCGCUCAUUUGGAAAUGCGCGUUGCGAGCAUCGAGAUCAAACUUGGGUUUUACAAAGCCAUCCGCGUGGAAUCAAGUGGUGAACAUGAGGAAAAGAUCAGGGCUUGACAUGGCAGAAAACAUAUUGGGGAACUUUGUUUCGAUGUUUACAGCAAUGACUAUGAAAAGUGAUAAAGUGGAACUUGAAAGCUUGGUUCAUAAGUUGAGGAAGGGCAUUGAGGAAUUUAAAGAAAAGUAUGCUAAUGGAGUUAGUGGUGAGGAUGCAUUUCAAACCAUUGAAGGGAUUAAGAAUCUCAUAAUGAAGGAUAGCAUUGAGACCUAUAGUUGCAUCAGUUGGUGCAGGUUUUCGUUCUACCAAGCCGACUUUGGUUGGGGAAAGCCAUCAUGGAUGAGUUUCUGUCGCAUUGAAUCCAAGAAUACAACUUUAUUGAUGGACAUGAGUGAUGGCGUUGGCAUAGAAGCGUUGUUGAGUUUGGAGGAAGAACACAUGACUAUAAUUGAACGCAAUGAGGAACUGCUUGCAUAUGCUUCUCUGAAUCCUAGUGUCGUUUAAUUAGUACCCCCUUAUGCUUCUUAGAGGGAUAUGCUGUUGUGGAUCUUUGAUGAUAUCUCUCAUAAUCAUUUAGAUGUUCGUACGUACCAUAUUUGUGCUUCAUUGCAUUUUCCCCUUAUUGGUUUUGUUGUUUUCAAUUCAAUAAUGCUAUUUAGACACAUAAAAUUGACCA